UGUUGACAAAAGGUCUCAACCCACUUUAUUUCUGUUUUCAAGCUAACUAAUAUUCAUCCAGCAAUGCGUGGCUAUUUGCUACUUCUGCCUCUGCUGCUUUGCCUGGUUGAUAACUCAGUGAGCUACAAGCCGGUUAUCCUGGUCCAUGGAUUGCUCAGCAGCUCUAAAUCUUUCGACAAACUUAUACAGUUCAUCAAAAAGGCUCACCCAGGAACUGACAUCUAUCCAGUGGACAUGUUUAACCAUUUGAAGAGCUUAAAUCCUAUGUGGAAACAGGUCUAUGAAAUCAGAAAAUACAUUUCACCAAUAAUAAAGAAUGCUGGCCUGAAGGGAGUACAUCUGAUCUGCUACUCACAGGGAGGGUUGAUUUGCCGUGGGCUGCUGGAGACAAUGCCAGAACAUAAUGUGGAUACGUUCAUAGCUCUCUCCUCCCCUCUGAUGGGACAAUAUGGAAUGACAUUAUAUGUGCAAAAAGCUUUACCGCUUGUUAAUAUAUCAGCUCUGCAAGAAGUGUGUUACAGAAAGUUCUUUAAGGAGAUAUCUAUCUGCGGCUAUUGGAGAGAUCCACAUCGCUAUGAGAAGUACCUGGAAUAUAGUGCUUUUUUGCCAAAAUUAAACAACGAGUUACUGGACAGCAAUUCCACAGAAAGGAAAAGGAACUUCUUGCGUCUACGCAAAUUGGUUCUAAUUGGGGGUCCAGAUGACGAGGUUAUUGCUCCGUGGCAGUCCAGCCACUUUGGAUUUUAUAAUGAAAAGGAGGAGGUUGUGAAUAUGAAGGAUCAAAUGGUAUACCAGAAAGAUACCUUUGGACUUCAGUCAUUGGAUGGCAGAGGAGCAAUUACUAUAUAUUCAGUCCCAGGGGUCUUGCAUGCUUCAUGGCCGAACAAUCAAACAGUUUUUAAAAAUUACAUUGAAAAGUGGCUUACUUAAGCAUUUUUUGCUUAAUUUGCAUUUUUUUGUAUCUUCAAUUCUAUGGCUUUCCAGCACAUAACUACAUCUCUCCCUAUGUUUUUUUAAAGGUUUUUAUUUAGCAUAUUACAUUUCUCCCUAUGUUACCUUUUUAUUAUUAAAUUCUUGCAUGCUUCA